GUGAGGUGUGUAAACCACUUCCUUGUUUGCUUUUUGAUACCGCUGACACAGAACUAUUGUUUGUUUUGUUUUAAAAAGAUUAUCUGUGAAACUGAUGACACUGUCCAGGAUGAUGAACUAGCUACAUGUAGCCAGUUACCAUGUCGAUGAGACCGGACAGUAAAUAUUCGAGCCCGGAGCCGGAAAUUAAAGUGGAUUGUUUACUGAAGCGGUCUGUAAACAAAACCACUUUCACAAAGGAAAAUUAUAAAAGCCGCCUCUUUAUUUUGGAUCCUAACUACUUGAGGUACAAUGAUGGAAAACUACAGAAAAGAGGGAAGGAAAAGGGACGAAUUCCACUGGAGACAAUCAAAGCAGUUGAAACUGUUGAUGACAAGAUGCUUGACAAUAAGGACAAUGUCUUCCAGAUUGUUUACCUGGAAAAUUUUGACUUCUACACGUUAUAUAUUGUGACCUUAAAUCAAGAACAGAGACAGAGUUGGAUUGAUGCAAUAAGAAGAGAGGCACUGAAGUGUGGGGCUCGAUUUAAUCCCAAGUAUCACCGGGGUGUAUGGACCAAAAGUCUUGGCAAGUUCAACUGCUGUGAUCAACGUGACCGCGGGGCUAUAGGCUGUGAGGUCGCUACUCCAGAAAUACCAGAUGAACCGAAUGAUGUUUCCUCCUACCACCGCACUCCUGUUAAGAUCAACCACCUGCCUAUACCAACACCAGAUCCCCCAUCCACACCUAUGACGAAUGGAUCUAAAAAACCAGAGAAGAAGAUAUAUAUAGCAAUCUAUGACUAUACUCCAGCAGAGGAUGGCGACCUUGAACUAGUACAGGGAGAAGAAUAUGAAAUCAUAGAUGACUCCAGGGAGCACUGGUGGAUGGCCAAGGGCAAAAAAGGAAAAAAAGGAUAUAUACCUGCAAAUUAUGUGAAGAAAAAGUUUGAUUUAGAAAUAUAUGACUGGUAUUACAAGGAUUUGUCUCGUCAGAGGAGUGAAGCUAUUCUCAAGGAAGAUGCCCACGAAGGUUGUUUUCUGGUCAGAGAUUCGACAAGCACACCAGGGAUGUACACCUUGUCAGUCUUCACAAAUGAAGGACUGGUUCGCCAUUACCAUAUACGCAAGAACAGUCAAGGACAGUUUUAUAUUUCUGAUUCUCACAGCUUUUCCAGUAUUCCAGAAGUUAUUUACUAUCACCGACACAACUCGGGAGGAUUGAUAACCAGACUGAGGGAACCACCACAUCGCAAUGGCAAGCCUUCAACUGCUGGUUUCGGACACAGUAAAUGGGAGAUUGCUGCUCACGAGUUAGAAGUUAUGGAAGUUUUGGGGUCUGGCUGUUUUGGGAGUGUUCACAAAGGUAUUUGGCGUGGGAUGCCGGUUGCAGUAAAGAGUAUGAAGGAGAACGCAAUGUCAAUAGAAAGUUUCAUUGAAGAGGCUAGAACCAUGACACAACUGCACCAUCCUAACUUGGUACAGCUGUAUGGAGUGGUUAACAAGAAAGAUUGCUUUUACAUUGUGGCAGAACUGAUGAAAUGUGGUGCCUUAAACACUUACCUUCAACGACACAAGUCAAGGUUGCUGUCCAGAACCUCCCAACUGCUAGAUUACUGCUUGCAGAUAUGUAGCGGGAUGUACUAUUUAGAAAAGCACAAAUUUAUACACCGUGACCUGGCAGCUCGAAACUGCCUAGUUGGUGAAAAAAGUGUAGUCAAAGUAGCCGACUUCGGAUUAGCCAGAUAUGUGAUAGAUGAUGAAUACACUAGUUCAGCUGGGACCAAAUUUCCUGUUAAGUGGGCACCACCAGAAGUACUGAGCUACACUCGAUUCAGCAGUAAAUCCGAUGUCUGGGCUUUCGGUAUACUUAUGUGGGAGAUUUUCAGUGGAGGAGAUAUGCCAUACAGUGGGAUGCGGAACAUUGAAGUGGUGGACUUUGUGAUAAACAACCGAAGACGUCUACCGAAGCCAGAGUACUGUCCAGAAAAAGUUUACCAAAUACUGACACUUUGCUGGCAAAUGGAUCCUGAAAAGAGGCCAUCAUUUAAAGAACUUGUUGAUAUAGUAUCAGGGUUGACAGAUGGUGGAAAUUACCCUACAAUAUUCUAACACGUCUGUGUAGUGUGGACAUUAAGACAACAAACAAGCGAAGAUUAUCAGUUAUCUAUGAUGGCAAGAAAUAUGAAACUGUGAAAUAUAGAGUCUACAUCAUAGCAAAUCUGAGCAUAUUCCAGAAGCACUACACUCAGAAUAAUCAAGAACGGAUUAGAAGUUAUCUAAAUCUGUAGCAAAGAAAGUUUGAAGUUUGUUUUGUUUAAUGACACCAUGAGAGCACAUUGGUGUAGCAAACAAAGACAUGAUUUCAAUUUUCAUUUUUGAUACCAUUUUUACAUUUUGUAAUAUGAUAUACUGCACCAAAAUAGAAACUUUAUAUUCUUAAAAUAUAAUAGUAUAAAUUGUAAGUGAUAUAAACUUUUUAUAUUUUCAAUGCUGUAAAGACGUAUUUAAAUUUAAACAUACAGUCAAACUUCGAUAACUCCACCUUCAAUCACUCGAAAACUUUGAUCUCUUGAUCUGAAGCGACGGUCCCAGUUGAAUUGCUGUACAAACUAGUAAUAACGGCCUUCAAAAACUCAAACUUUGAAAACUCGUUAAACUCGAUCUCUCGACCUAAUUCUUUGGUCUCACCAUAAAUAGUUAAUAGAGUAUGCACCUCCAAAACUCGACGUGUGUGGAUUGAUCAAACUCAUUGCCAAUAUUAUUUUAAAGACGAAUGUAUUGUCAAUCAUGUCAAUUAAGCGAAGCGUGCCUAUCUCGGGUGGUCUUGGCCUUCGAGGAUUCAGGUGAUAAUUACAGAAUAAUAGAUCGCCGACUAAGCAGAACGAAAUGAUCCUGGGUUUGAUUGUCGGUGUUUGCACGUGGUGGAGAGCGUCGCUACGUAAUAUAUAAUUACAGACACAGUCUGGUUAACUUCAGAGAGCACUUGUAAUAAUUGUUAGCACUAUUUGUUUUUGCUCUCAAAGGCGUGAAUCAUGUCAAACUUUAGCUUUUCUAUUUAUGUAUCAGUUAAUGUUUAUCAAUUACCAGUAAAUUGAUACACAGAACGAGAAAUCUGGGGAAGGACCCAGUAUCGUGGGGAUAGCCAGAUCCGUUUUAAAACAUUGUGCUUUCUUGUCAUCCAAGCAAUCUCACGUAAAGCACAGAAAUGGGGGGGGGGGUGGCCAGAUUGGAGAAAAAAAAGUAGAGGUGCGAAGCGUAAAUAAUUUUGUGUAAAACAAAUGUAUUUAGUGUUAUUCGGCAUUCAGUGUUUUAUUUGUUAGUUACGUUCUGCCAUGUUUUGACAUCUGUAAAAUAUGUCAACGUUAAUUAUAUCAUUUACUUUCUGUUAUUUAUAUAUGUAUGUAAAUGCCUUCUUUUUUCGUUUUUUUUUUCUGUCAAUAAAUAUAUGUAGCCUAUAUGCCCAAGCAUAUAAUUCAAAUUCUUUUACAAUAUAUGCAAAAUGAAUAUACCACAGCGUCGAUGAU